AGCUUGCUUUCUGCAAGGCGAUUCCUUGCCCGCCCUGAGAUGUGAUGGCAGCCUGCGGGCUGCUCCGGGAGGUCCUUUGCACGCCUCCUUCUCCCCGACAGUUUUCUUUUCCUUCCAAAGCAGGGGAUCCCGCUGCUGCAUUGCAGGCUUAAAGGACCACGGCUGGCAGGAGUUGAUCUCUUCAGCUGAAUUUUCAAGACGGUGAAUGAAGAGUGCCUGAAGCCACCGAGUGCAGCAGCUUCUAAAAUGGAGAAGACAGAAGCUCAAGACCAAUCCUGUGCGGGGGAAGAGGAGAGGGGCCCUCCCAAGGGACACCCCUACUCUGUGGAGACCCCCUACGGCUUCCACUUAGACCUGGACUUCCUCAAGUAUGUGGACGACAUCGAGAAGGGCCACACCAUCCGCCGGGUCCCCAUCCACCGCAGGACCAAGCAAGCCAAAUUCAGCACUCUGCCUCGAAAUUUCAGCCUGCCCGACAGCGGGGCUCGGCCUGCCGCCUCCCCGGCCCCGCUCAGCUGGUCCCCAGUGCGGCUGCAGAAGGUGCAGCUCAGGACAGAAGAGGGGACCCCCUCUGCAGGGGACACCCCUCAGGCCAUGACAGGCAGUGGUGAGAUCAGCUACCACCGCCAGGUCCUGCUGGCCGAGACCGCCCGGCAGCUGGAGGCAUCUGCCUUGGGGGGCAUCGAGCCAGGCCCUGCCAGCGGCCGCCCCCAGUUGCUUCGAGCUUCCAGCAUGCCAGCCACCCUGCCCCCUCCCUCAGAGGAGCAGGGCUCGCUGCUGCCAGAUGCUGCUGUACAUCUGGCCCGAGAGUCGCCUGCCAGUGGAGGGAUGGUCUUGGAGGGUGCGUUUGGUCCGGCAGAAGGAUUUGUAAGUUCUCAGAGCCCACGCGUAUCAAUGCAACCCAGAGUGGGAGAGUUUGCACGCCCAGAUCAAAAUUUGCAACCUAGAGGUGGAGAGUUUGCAUGCCCAGAACCCAGGAUUCCAGAACUGGGCCGGGUAGGUGCUGAGCCUCCAGCUGCAGGAGCAGAGGCUCCCAAAUCCCCUUCGAUCCCAGCACCGGGUGUUCUUGAAGAAGCUAAAGAUAGACCCCAAAGCAGGGGGACAGAGGCGAUGGUCAGUCCCAGCCCGCCGCCUCUGCCUUCUCCCCUCCCCGAGAACCAUCUUCCCCUGGAAGACUUGGAGCUGAGCAUCAGCGAGUUGCCACCACCCCCUCCACCCAUCGAAGUGCAUGUGCGGAGCGUGGGCAUCCGGGUGACAGAGGAGAGCUUGGGCCUGGAGGGGACAGAGCCCCACAGUCUCUCGAGUCUCAAGCGGCAGCUCUGUGAGCUGGAGGGCGAGUUGUCGCAGAGAACUCAGGAGCUGGCCCAGGUCAGGGCUGCCCUCCGGCAUCAGGAGGAAGAGAGCCGGAGCAGAGGGCAGAGGAUCCAGGAACUCGAGGGCACCGUCGCUCAGCUGUCCACUGAGCUCAGCCAAGCGGCCACCAAGGCCACCAAGAGCCAGACAGACGCCAUGGUCAACACUGACCCUCUCCCAGAAGUCUUGGCCAAGGAGUCAUGCGACAAGAGCACUGGGGUGGCCCUUGUGGAUGGUUCCAGCUCUGAAAGCCGGGGAGCCAGACAUGAAGAAGAUGGUGUCCUGGGAGGAAAGAACAGUCCUGAAAAAGGGGAUCGGAGCCCAGCAGAACUUGGGGUACCCCCUGUGCUGUCCCCAGCAGAGGACAUCGAUUCUAUCUUCACUUCCUCUCUGCAGAGCUGCCUCUCCACUGAGCUCAGGAUCGAAGAGGGGGACUUAGAGCUGGAAGGAGACCCUCUGUUGGGAGUCGAGGACAUAGGAGGUGCUUCAUGGGGUGGCAGCAGGAAGGACCCCACAGAGAAGGGACAGAAGGAGGGUUCAGAGAAGGAGCACCCCAGAAAGCCUCCCAGCUCACCCACUGAUGCUACUCUGGGGCAGUACGUGAGGAAGAUCCAGGAACUGGUGCAGGAGCAGUGGAACUGCCUGGAGCACAGCUGCCCUGAGCUGGCCAGUGCCCUUCGUCAGCCUGCCUCUAAGCUAAGCAGCAUCCAGAGCCAACUGCUGAACAAUCUUAACCUGCUGCUGUCUGCCUACAGCACUCAGGCCCCGCCUGCCAAGGAGCCCCCGUCACCCACUGAUACCUCGCCACCCCGGGAGCUCUCCCCAUCGACCAGCCUUAAAUCCAUAAUGAAAAAGAAAGACUAUGGCUUCCGUGCAGGAGGUAAUGGGACCAAAAAGAACCUUCAGUUUGUUGGGGUUAACGGUGGCUACGAGACCACCUCCAGUGAAGAGACGAGCGGCGAGGACAGCUCCCCCGAAGAUGGGUCGGACAGUGAAGUGGAGAGGAAGGGCAAGUGCCCAGAAGGCCAGAGGGGCACAGAUGCCCGCCCCAGUCGCCAGGUGGAGCAGUCCCUCAUGGAGGGCCAGGAAAACCAAGCUGGAGAAGAAGCACCCUCCAAGGCAGAGAGAUAUAAACCCUCCGAAGAAUUUCUUAAUGCAUGCCAGGUGCUGAGCCAACAUUUGCCGGAAACAGUGUCCACCACGGACCCUCUCUUGAGGCAAAGCUUGCACACCGUCAGCCAGGAAUGGUUCCGAGUCUCCAGUCGAAAGUCCUCCAGCCCCUCAGUUGUAGCCGCCUACCUCCAGCACCCUGCCACCUUCCUGAAGUUGCUCGUCAACCUGGCUGAUGGCAAUGGCAACACGGCGCUGCACUACAGUGUGUCCCACUCCAACUUUGCCAUCGUGAGGUUGCUGCUGGAGACAGGUGUGUGCAAUGUGGACCACCAGAACAAAGCUGGCUACACGGCUGUGAUGAUCACGCCCUUGGCUUCUGCAGAGACCAGUGAAGACAUGGCUGUUGUUGGGAAGCUCCUUAGAGAAGGAAAUGUGAAUAUUCAAGCUACUCAGGGAGGCCGGACGGCGCUGAUGCUGGGCGUGAGCCACGACCGGGAGGACAUGGUACAAGCGCUGCUUAGCUGCCAUGCGGAGGUCAACCUGCAAGACCACGAUGGAGCCUCAGCUCUCAUGCUGGCGUGUCUCCAUGGCAACACAGACAUGGUGCGGCUGCUCCUGGCACAUCCGGCCUGUGACAGCAGCCUGACAGACAAGGCCGGCCAGACAGCUUUGUCCAUUGCUCUGAAGUCACCCGCCCAUGUGGAGAUUGUUGGGCUUCUGGAAGCCCACGCGGAGCAGGGCAGCUCCUCCAAGCCCUAGGGGCUGUGCAGAAACUGGCCACCCGGAACAAGAGGCCCCUUCUCUGCACGCCUCGCCCAUCUGCAGAGUGCAGAGGUCACCGCCAGAGAGCCGCUGCCGCCAAGAAGAAACUAUGUCAGAUAUGCACAUACAUUCCUGUGACCCGUUCUGCCCAUUAGAGAGCUUUGUAGUUCCCCCCACUUAGGUCCAGCCCCCAAACUACUCAGGCUACAGAGCAGGGUGCAAGGUCCAAGGUGUCUGGGUGUUGGCUUCCAAUCCCAAAUAUCUUCAGCCUUGAAUUCCUGGCACUCCAGCCUCUGUAUUACUACCAGCAGGCAGGCAGGUGUGCAUUCACCAUGCGAAGAGUUUCUGCAAGGACCAUCUUAGCAUUUUUUUUGGGGGGGGGGAC